AGUGCAACUGCAUUACAGGGUGUAGAGAAAAAAAAACCAAGAAGAAGAGAGCAAAGAAAGAAAGAAAGAACGAAAGAUGAGGCCGAUAAACAGUGGAUCAUCUGGCCUGGCUAGGCUAUGGAAGUCACCGAUUCCUUACCUCUUUGGAGGACUGGCUAUAAUGAUGGCUCUCAUAUCUGUUGCUCUCGUAGUCCUCAUUUGCUCCUACUCAAAGCGUGCUUAUUCUCAAUCUCACUCGCCAUCUUCUGCAGGUGAAGACACUGUCACUAAGCAGGCCAUGCCAAAGAACCCAGAGACUGAGUCCGAGCCCAGGGUGCUUGUGAUCAUGGCUGGAGACCGCAACCCCACCUACCUCGCUAAACCAACCUCUGGGUCAACUUUUUGCUCCUGUGAAGCUGGAUCAAUCCAGUGAGCAGCAAACUUGGAACUGGCUAAUUAAUAACUGCCAUGCUAGAAAUAGCACAAGUUUGGUUUUGGGAAGGUCGUAUUCCUGUGAUUUUGAGUGCACGGAAUAUGAGAGUGGUCGAUGAGCGUUUCUGAAAUUUUUUUUCUUAAUGGAGGAUCAUUACAAUACAUGUAUUCCUAUGCCCUGAAUUUAAAUGCUCCGAUUUUAUAUUGAGGUUAUAACAUCCUAAAUAAACUUGUUCUCA